CGGUGCGGACGGGCAGAUCGUGCGUGGGGUGAUCCGACUCGUUUGUGGUACUUAAAGCUCGGUGGUUUGUUUAUGGGGUAGAGAAGAAGAAGAAGAGGCAGCAGCAGCAGCAGCACCAGCGGGACUCGAGCCGACACACGGACUGACAUUUGCUGCAGGAGGCGCCGGUGCCAGAUAUGGACAGCGCGCGGGCCACCUCUCCACGCUGGUGCGCAUCUUCAUAAAGUCCCACACCUCCCGACGCCGGGUCUGUCCCGAGUCUGAGCUGCCGACGCACCGCCGCUUCCUCCGAAACAACAACAACAACAAUAACAACAAGUCGUCCACGGUGAAGAGUUGGACACGAGCGUCAGAGAACUUUUGUCUUUUUUUUUUGUCCUUCAUUCAAACGUUGAAGAAGCGGAGAACAUGCGUCAGGAGGUCGCGAGGAGACUCCAGCUGCUGCUCGUGCUCUGGUCGGUGCUCCUGCUCAGUUUGGGCUCGGGCUUCCCCACCAGACACAAGAGUGUCGCCCACAAGGGUCAUGGCCACGCUGUUCAUAACAGUGGGGUCCAGUAUGUCCCUGAGACUUUGGACCAGCAGAACCAGGUGCAGAGUCUGCUACCCGAGCCACACAGCCACCAGAGGAGGUGGUCGCACCCGCAACACCGCUCCGUUGGGGUUCUCCCACAGCCUGAGCCUGAGGAGGAGACCAAACCCUUCAUCCUGGAUCUCCAGAACUUUCCAGACCUGGCCAACGCUGACAUCAACUCACAGAACCCCAACAUACAGGUGACCAUUGAGGUUGUGGACGACCCUCAGAUGGAGGUAGAGAUGGACCUGGCCAAGGAAAAAGAAUGGCUGCCCUCCUCUUCCUCCUCCCCCUCUUCCACAGUAGAUUGGCUCGGCGGCAAGAAGCUUUUCUGGCCUCUUUUCUGGAGUUACACCGACGCCGAUUCUGGCGAGGACAGCAACAACCGGUCGGGCAUGGAGGAAACUGGCGAGGAAGAGGAGGAGGAAGACUAUUCGCUGGAUUAUGGCAGCGAGGAACCCUUACCCAGCGGAGUGGGCGGAGACUGGGACACUCAUUGGAAUGAGGGCUGGGAUCCAAUGCAGAGCUACUAUGAAAAGGAGACGGAUGAAUGGACUUCCUGGUCUCCCUGUUCGGUGACGUGUGGACACGGUGAGAGGAAGAGGACGAAGUCUUGUGGAUACUCCUGCACUCUGACAGAAGCCUCUAGGUGUGACCAGGAGCCCUGCCCCGGUGAUGUCAACACUGUGCCAGAACCUUUUCCUUUCGAGAUGGAGAAUGGCACCGAGCCAUUUGGAACAGAUGUGGACAGCUGUGAGAAGUGGCUCAACUGCAAGAGUGACUUCCUACAGAGGUACCUCCACCAGAUGCUGUCCGAGCUGCCCGGCUGCCCCUGCUCCUACCCCUCUGAAGUAGGAUACACCGUCGUCAGUGUCUAUGACGAGACUCAUGGCCGGCAGUUCCGCUGGCGUGAUGCCAGUGGCCAGAAGGAGCGCCUGGACAUCUACAAGCCGUCAGCGCGUAGCUGCAUCCGCUCAGCGCUUUCUGGUGACUUGUCCACUCUGGCAGCGCAGCACUGUUGUUAUGACGAACGCGGGCGCUUGAUCACGCGGGGUAAAGGCGCAGGCACGCCGAACCUGAUUAGCACUGAGUUCUCACCCGAGCUACACUUCAAGGUGGACGUGCUGCCUUGGAUCCUGUGCAAGGGAGACUGGAGUCGCUUCCAUGCGGUGCGUCCACCCAACAAUGGGCAGAGCUGCCCAGCAAACCCCCAUGAAGACGUGUUCAUGAACGAACUAGAAGAGGCCAGGGAGUACUGAGGGACCACAGCCAAAUGUACAACUUCACUCAGAGAGUCAGAGGGCCCAAUCCUAAUUUGAACGGAGGCUGUCUACCUUGAAAGUCACGAAAAUAUUACAUCUAAACCAUGCAUCAGCCACUCAUCAUGCAUUGAUGACUCAGAGGAAAUGCACUUUUGUGAUUGGCAGAUGUGUGGGGUUUAGAAAUGACGGUGAAGUGUGGCUGUCUCAAGUUAGGAUUUGGCACCGUGUCCUGACAACAGGCUCAACUGAACCGAACUGAAUUACAUGAAUGGAAAAAAAUGCAGUGUUCUCCCAUUGCUUGCCAACCAUUUACACAUCUGGCAUGACAUCAAGCUCUGUUUCAUUUUAUUCACUGCACUCUCCUGGGUGCGUGUGAGCGUGAUGUCUACCUACUGGCUUCUUUGACGGUGUCCUGGAGCGCUUGUGAUUGACCAUAGCAACACAUGGUAAACAUCCUGAUCAUGCUUUUUGGAAGUUUUACCUUAGGAAAUGUAUGACUCCAUUUACACCUGGCAGUAAGAGUCUCAUGACCAGAUUUCUAUCGAGAUACCAUUUGAAUGUGAUGACAUUUACACCUGGUAUUAAUGUGUGACUCCAGUGUCACUGAUGCUACAUUCACAAAUGCAUCGACUCCGCUACAGAUAAGCCUGGCAUCCUCACUAGUCAAGAGUUUCAGAGCCACUAAAACAGAGAUGUUUGGAAACAAUGCAGCCGUGUUUAAGUUUGCAAACUCCUCAGCUGUGUUUUAGUAUGGACGAGCAGUAAAAAAGACAAUGACGUAAACACUCACAACUGACGGCUGAUUUGUUUUUUUUACUCAUGACAUAACGUCUGCUGAUUCAUCAGGUUCUUAUCACAUGACCCCCUUUUGGAAGGGGCAUUAGCCUCAGCUAGCCGUGUAGAACGCAGCAUGGAUAGUCAAUUAUAAGCAUUGCGGACCCUGUUGUCUUUGCUAACAGCUGUUGUGAAUUUAGAAUCUGAGACAAGCUACUUUUUUAGUAAUCUGCAUCAGUUCCUCUGUCCAGUGAGACGCACACUCCUUCUCGUUAACUCUAGCAUGUGCAUGCCCAGUUGUACGUGAGUGGUCACGUAUAUAUACAUGUGACGUGGCCUGAGAUCUGACUGAGCUUUAAUGACUCCAUCCAACUCACGUUACAUCCGCUAAACAUUGUCCCAAAGAAAACAAUGAUCUAAAAAUGAGUUGACGAA